CCGCAGGUUGGCGCCGAGGGCGGCUUCUGUGAGGAAAGCCGACGUUAACCUCCUGCUGGCCUGGCUGCUCCCGACAUGAGCGGCCUGGAUGGGGCCGAGAGGCAGCCUCUCCCCGAGCCCCGCAGGCUCUCUGCUCCUGACGACGCCCCGGGAGACCCGGAGCCAGCCCUGUGCCCGAAGCUCCGAGGGGAAACCGAGGCGUCCCAGCUGAUGGCGGAGACGGGUGAGGGAACCGUUGAGGCCGCCGCGCUCUCACCGUCCCAGCUUCCAGAGGAGCUGGGAGCGCCCCCCGACCGCGCCGGCUGCGGCCAGACUCGCCGGCUCCUAGGCGGUGGGGACGGCAGUUGCGUGGCGACCGAAGCUGGGCGGGAAGAGGCCCCGCCUCCCACAGAGGGCCUGGCGGCGGCGUCCGUAGUAACGGACCGCAGCCUGGAAAACGGCUGUGGGCGUGGAGAGCCGCGCGGCUCGGGCGGGGAGAAGGCCCUGGAAGCCUGUGGCGCAGAGAGCUCGGGGUCUGAGGUGAUGGCGGAGGCGAGGGCCGAGGAAGUGAAGCCCGAGAAGUUCCCGGUCUUCUCCGUAGCAGUGGCGGAGGAGGAGGAAGUGGGGCAGGCGAUGGAGGUGGGGGAGAAGCCCGGGGUUGAAGAGCCAGAAACGGUGGAGGGACGUGGAGCGGCCGGGCAGGUGCGGGAGGAGGCGGGGCCGCGCGCCCUGGAAGUGGAGCUCCGCAUGAACCCCCUGGAGGCCAUCCAGCUGGAGCUGGACACUGUGAACGCUCAGGCUGACCGGGCCUUCCAGCAGCUGGAGCAGAAGUUCGGGCGCAUGCGCCGACACUACCUGGAGCGGAGGAACUACAUCAUUCAGAAUAUCCCGGGCUUCUGGGUCACUGCCUUUCGGAACCACCCCCAGCUGUCGCCCAUGAUUAGGGGCCAGGAUGCAGAGAUGUUAAGAUACAUAACCAAUUUGGAGGUGAAGGAGCUCAGACACCCUAGAACUGGCUGCAAGUUCAAGUUCUUCUUUCGAAGAAACCCCUACUUCAGGAACAAGCUGAUUGUCAAGGAGUAUGAGGUCAGAGCCUCUGGCCGGGUGGUGUCUCUCUCCACUCCAAUCAUAUGGCGCCGGGGCCACGAACCCCAGUCCUUCAUUCGCAGGAACCAAGACGUCGUCUGCAGUUUCUUCACGUGGUUUUCAGACCACAGCCUUCCGGAGUCUGACAGGAUUGCGGAGAUUAUCAAAGAGGACCUGUGGCCAAAUCCACUGCAGUACUACCUGAUGCGUGAAGGAGCCCGUCGACCCAGACGUCGCCCAAUAAGGGAGCCAGUGGAGAUCCCCAGGCCCUUUGGGUUCCAGUCUGGUUAAACUUCGCCCUUGGGAAUACUCCUGCACAAGGUCCCCUGCCGCCUCUUGCUGGACGUGUGCUUGGGCAGCAGAAAUGGAGCCAAAGAAGGAAGUUUACUAAGUGUUCAAGGUGGACAUUUGAACCUGAAUAUGAAGAAAGUGUAGACCUGCUCAUCGAUGAUUUUAGCAUAUGUGGCUUCCACGAAGAGCACACUUCGUUACACAUUUUAGGACUCCCAUGAUUCUUGGUUCUCUAUUUUACUCUUCCAGGUAAGUUCUAUGUUAUAUCUGUUUUAAUACUUUUUACUAAAUCAUAAGUUACUUUAGGAGAGAGCCCAUGUCUUCAUUUUUAAUCCCUCAUGUGUCGUGGUAUGGCAUGAUUGUUAAAAGCAAGUGUAGUUUUAGACAGAAUUUGCCCCAUUCUAGAUCUAACAUUGGAAGACUUUUAUGUGUCAAUCAACUAAGAGCAUGAUUUGGGGGUCAAACUUGGGCUCGUGUACAGGCUCUGUUCCUUAGUGCAACAUUGAGCAAGCAUAUUUAACCUCUGUGAAUUUCAAUUUCCUCAUCUGUAAAAUUUUAAUAACUGUAUACACCUCAUAUGAUGACUAUAGGGAGUAAAUAAGGUAGAUGAAGUAGCCUGGUGAGGAGUCAGCACUCAUUAUCAUCAUUUUUUUUUUUACCAUUACUUCUGAGGAUGAUUUGAGAGACCAACAACAAGAGACACCUUUUUGAAUUCACCCUGUGUGGACUGGACGAUGCCCAAGGAUUUUCAAUGGCAGCAACCAGACCACACUGGGUAGCCAAAAAGGUCUACUACUGUUAAGAAAUUUGGGCAUGGAACAGCCAGACUGAGAUUAGAUGACGAUUCUGGUAAAACAAGGAUCUCCAGACUGGGCCUCAGCAAGAGGGAAACAUUCCAUCUCCGUUACAGGAAAGUCACUGUUGGGUGCUGACUAUAUAUUCAGAAGAAAAGAGAAAGGUGAUCAUCAACUUGCCCCAUUUGAUUCUCAGGGUGCCAAGAAGUUAUACAACGCACCUGCAGCUAGAAGGCAGAAGAUGUGUGGUCUCCUGCCUGGAAUCUUUGCUCUUCUCUGUUACUGAUAAAGAUGCAGUCUACAUCAACAAAGAAGAGGCUUAUUUAAGUGGAAGAGGCUUAUUGCAGCAUUAUUCACAAUAGCCAAGAUAUGGAAACAGUCUGAAUGCCCAUCAAUGGAUGAAUGGAUAAAGAAGAUGUGACGCACAUACACACACACACUGGAAUAUUACUCAGCCCUGAGAAAGGAGGACAUCCUGCCACUUGCCACAACAUGGAUGGACACUGAGCACAUUAUGCUAAGUGAGAUAAAUCAGACAGAAAAAGACAAGUACUGUAUGAUAUAUGUGGAAUCUAGGAGAGCCAAACUCAUACAAACAGAGGGUAAAAUGGUGAAGAAACUGAUAUCGGGAGAAGUUAAGGAAACUGCCUCAAGUUACCUGGUUGUUAUAAUUACUCCUCAAAGGACUUCAAAUGGGGCUGUGAGACACAGGGUUAAGGCAACGGCCCCACAGACCAUCGCUGAAUUUGGAUUCCUGGACUUGAAUGUGGCUCAUGGAAUCGCCACAAACGAGAAACAACUACAGCACAAAAGAAAUUUUUAUCUGGCAUCCCGAAGGCGUCCAUAACCUGCUAGCUCCACUGAAUGGGGCCCAGCAAAUUCCCUGUGACACCUUUAGAUAAUACUCAAAUUCAGUCCUGGUUACUGUCCUCCAUUUAUAUCAAGAACAGGUUGGCAAUGGAUAAAGAAAAGAAGGGGGACUUUAGACUGUAUUUUGAAUUUCAUUUUAUGAAGUUUAUUGUUAUCUUUACCAUCCUCCUCAAAUUCACUCAUGAAACAGCAUUAUCUUAUGAAACAUGCAAACCAGUAUUAUUUUUCUAAGAUGCACAGCUUUAAUUUAAAGCAUUCUUAAGAGGUAGAAUGCAUUAAUUGAAGAAAUCUUCCUAUUAAAAUAUAUGUUCAGAACAAUUUUCUCUUCCAAAGUUCUAGACGCUGUCCAAAUUCUUCCUCAAAUCCUUCAACCUAAUGACUCAUAGAUGUUUGGGUUAUAAGAUAACGACGAAGGAGAAAAACUCAUAGGAGACCAAAGGUCACCCUUGUUCCUAUGACCUGCAAACUCCCCCAAAAGUGACUGAAUGAAGUUAGGGAGCAAAGGAGGGCUAGAUAAAGACACGGAGGAACAAUCAAUUAAAGUGAACAGUAAAUCAAACAAAAACUCUUUGAAAACUGUAAUUUGCUUCUGGAUACAGCUGUUUCUAUAAUAACAGCAAUAUUUUAAUUUACUUAUUAUAAGAGCAUUAGACAAGAAAACUGAAAAAAACAGCAAGAUUUUAGUCAGUAUGAUAGUGACAAAAUCACGCGGGGAAGUGAAACAGUCAAGGCCAUGGCUGAGAGCCUUGAACAAAGGUAAGAUAAACUUGCCACAGGGGCAGAAGUUGUGAGAAGAGUUGUGUGUGCCUGUGCCGACUCCUGACCUCAGCCCACAGCUGUCUGAAUGUGCUCAUGUGGCAGCUCACAGCUGACUCUCCCAACUCCCAAAGCGUUUGGUGUUGCUAUCUUACCAAUGUUUUAAAAAUAUGUAUUUAUGUGAUUUUUUGUGAAUCAGUAAUACAUUUAUAUUUUUAAACGUUU